AUGAAGAAUGUUAAAACUUGUGAUUUUGUUGGUUCUAUAUUUGAAAAACCAAAUAAAGUUAUCUAUUGUUCCAGUCCUAAUGAUAGAAGAUUAGAAAUGUUUAGUUUAGAAUCUCCAAGUUCUCAACCAGAAAAAGUUUUCGACAAUAUAGUUGGAUUUGCCUUAACAGGUAAUUAUGUUGUUGUUGCCACUAUUGAUGAAAAGAAGAAUUCUUUGUUGUCUAAAGUAUCUGUUGAUGGAACUACUUUUGCUGAUGCAGAUUUCCCUCAUGAUUUGAAGGUUGGAUCUCAUCAAGCAUUUACUGUUUUGGAUUCAAGUUCAAAGGCUAUUUUCAUGCAUGUUACCACUAGUGAAAAGCCAAACUUUGAAUAUGGUCCUUUAUUGAAAUCCAAUUCCAAUGGUACUUAUUUUGUUGUUUCUUUGGAUAAUGUAAAUAGAAAUACUGAAGGAUAUGUUGAUUUUGAUAAAAUUGAUGGUUUGGAAGGCACUAUUAUUGCCAAUGUUGUUGCCAAUGCCAAAGAUGGUCAAGGUGAAAAGAAAUUACAAACUUUGAUUUCGCAUAAUGACGGAAGUGAAUGGAAUUAUUUGGUACCUCCAGCAGUUGAUUCUGAAGGUAAGAAAUAUCCAUGUAGUGGUCAAUCUUUAAGUAAAUGUGCAUUGCAUUUACAUGGAUUUACUGAAAGAGCUGAUUAUAGAGAUACUUUUUCCAGUGGUUCAGCCACUGGGUUCUUGAUUGGUGUCGGUAAUGUUGGUGAAUAUUUAACUCCUAUGGACUCUGGUUCUACUUUCCUUAGUACUGAUGGAGGUGUUACUUGGAAAGAAAUCAAGAAAGGAGUUUAUAUGUGGGAAUAUGGUGAUCAAGGAACUAUAUUGGUUCUUGUUGAUGCGGUUCAAUCCACGGAUAGUAUUUUAUAUUCACUUGAUGAUGGUAAAACUUGGAAUGAAUUUAAAUUUAUUGAUUCACCAUUGAAGAUCAAUGAUUUAGCUACCGUCCCAACUGAUACUGCUAGAAAAUUCUUGUUGUUUACUGAAAAUCCUAAAGAUUCUCAUGAUACAUUGGCAAUUUGUAUUGAUUUUACAAACAUUCAUGAACGUCAAUGUCAAUUGAAUUUGGAUGAUCCAGAACAUGAUGAUUAUGAAUAUUGGACACCUACUUAUCCACAAAGUGGUGAUAAAUGUAUUUUUGGACAUGAAUCCAAAUAUUUGAGAAGAAUUGUUGGUCGUACUGAUUGUUUUAUUGGUAGUGCACCAUUAGAUAUUGGAUAUAAACAAGUGAAGAAUUGUUCUUGUACUCGUCGUGAUUAUGAAUGUGAUUAUAAUUAUUAUCGUGAUAUAAAUGAUAAUACUUGUAAAUUAGUUAAAGGAUUAAGUUCAAAAGAUUAUCAAAAAUCGAUGUGUGAAAAAGAAAAUGCAUUCCAAUAUUUUGAAAGUACUGGAUAUAGAAAAAUUCCAUUAUCUACAUGUAAAGGAGGACAACAAUUUGAUAAUUGGAAUCCUAAAGCAUGUCCUGGUAAACAAAAAGAAUUUGAUGAAUUUUAUGGACAUGAUGUAUCAGGACAUAAAUUAUUCUUUGUUAUUUUCAUUCCAUUCUUGAUCUUCUUGGCAAGUGUUUGGUUUGUUUAUGAUCGAGGUAUUCGUAGAAAUGGAGGAUUUAAAAGAUUGGGACAAAUUAGAUUAGAUGAAGAAGAUGGAUUUAAUCCAAUUGAAAAUGAUCAAGUUGAUGUUGUGGUUAAUAAAAUCGUUAGAGGUGGUAUUUUUACUGCAGCUAUAGUUGUAGCCACAGCUAAAACAAUAUUAAAAAUUGAUCUUAUGUUGUUGGAAAAAGUUAGUAAUGCAAUUUUUAGAAGAUCUCCAGGUCAUAGAAAUUAUGUUAAUGUUCCAAAUUUUGAAAAUGAAGAAGAUGAAUUAUUUGGUGAUUUCCAAGAUAAUUUAGAUGAUGAAUUGGAAGAUGGUAGACUUAGUACUGAAGAUUUCUCAAGAAGAGAUCCUUUUAUUGAUGGUGAUGAUGAUGAAGAAGAAGCAAAUGCUUUUGAUGAUGACGCUCAAGAAAUUGAACAAUCAGUUGCUACUGAUGAUAGACUUUUCGAUAUUGGUGAUGAAGAAGAAGAAGAACAACAACAACAAUAA